CUUUAUUGUGUUUGUUUUUCUAUUUAUUACUUUAUUUAUUUUGUCUAUUAUUUUUGUUUUUUUUCUCAGUUUGGAAGAUCACGGCAGGCAGCCUUGAAGCACAGAAUGAAUUUCGAACAUUCGCCCUAUGCAACCUUACAGUACUGUCCUGAACAUGCUUUUCAGCGAUUGAGAGAUCCAUCAACUUGCUUUUCGUGGACAGAGAGUUCAUUCCUUACCUCCAUGUCUCAGUCCUCAUCUUCUCAGGCCACUGAUAUACUCAGCCAGGAUGUCUUCAACCAGCUACUGGAAAUGCUGGACCAAUCUGCAUUUCAUACAGUUCAGCCAAUUGAGCUAGACUUCUCUGAGAGCCCAGUGCAUGGUGCUGCUGGCAAUACCAUCCAGAUCAGCAUGGACUGCAUCACCAUGCGUGACCGCAAUACACAGGACCCCUGUGGGUCACAGUACACCAACCUGGGGCUCCUGAACAGCAUGGACCAGCAGAUGCAGAGCGGUGGAUCGUCCUCCACCAGCCCCUAUAACAACGAGCAUGCUCAGAACAACGUCACCGCCCCGUCGCCGUACGCCCAGCCCAGCUCCACAUUUGAUGCCCUCUCCCCAUCGCCUGCCAUCCCCUCGAACACAGACUACCCAGGGCCACACACCUUCGAUGUGUCCUUCCAGCAGUCCAGCACCGCGAAGUCAGCCACCUGGACAUACUCCACAGAACUGAAGAAGCUUUACUGCCAGAUUGCCAAGACGUGCCCCAUCCAGAUCAAAGUGAUGACGCCUCCUCCACAAGGGGCAGUCAUACGGGCCAUGCCAGUCUACAAGAAGGCCGAGCACGUCACUGAGGUGGUCAAGCGGUGCCCCAAUCACGAGCUCAGCCGAGAGUUCAAUGACGGUCAGAUAGCUCCACCUAGCCACCUUAUUCGUGUGGAGGGGAACAGCCAUGCCCAGUAUGUUGAGGACUCAAUGACAGGUCGCCAAAGUGUUCUGGUGCCUUAUGAACCGCCCCAGGUGGGGACUGAGUUCACCACCAUCCUGUACAACUUCAUGUGCAACAGCAGCUGUGUCGGAGGGAUGAAUCGCCGCCCCAUUCUCAUCAUCGUCACACUGGAAACCAGAGAUGGUCAGGUUCUCGGUCGGCGCUGCUUUGAGGCCCGGAUCUGCGCCUGCCCUGGGAGAGACCGCAAGGCAGAUGAAGACAGCAUUCGCAAACAGCAGGUCACAGAUGGCACAAAGAGCAGUGAUGGUACGAAACGCCCUUUCCGCCAAGCAUCACAUGGGAUUCAGAUGACAUCCAUCAAGAAGCGAAGACCUACAGACGACGAGUUAUUUUGUCUGCCUAUAAAAGGGCGUGAAAUCUAUGAGAUUUUGUUGAAAAUUAAGGAGUCUUUGGAGCUCAUGCAGUUUCUACCACAGCAUACAAUUGAGACAUACAGACAACAGCAGCAGAAUCUGAUCCAGAAACAAUUCGGUGUCUUGGACGAUGAGAGUAACGGCAUGUAUCCUUUUCCGUGCCCCAGGAGCUCCAUGCAAUCCCAGCCUUCCUUCGGCUCCAGCUCUCCCCCUCUCAGCAAGGGGCCUAGCAUGAACAAACUGCCCUCUGUCAGUCAGCUCAUGAACCCCCAGCAGCGCAACUCCCUUACCCCCUCCAGCAUGUCUGGAGGCCUCACUGACAUGACGCCAAUAAUGGGCACGCACAUGCCCAUGGGCAGUGACAUGAGCACGCUGAGCCCAACACACACACUGCAGCCACAGCUGCCUAUGGUGCCCUCCUCCCACUGCACACCUCCACCACCCUACCCCACGGACAGCAGCAUUUCCAGUUUCCUUGUGAGACUUGGGUGCUCCGCUUGCCUCGAAUAUUUCACCGCUCAAGGACUGACCAACAUUUACCAGAUUGAGAAUUACAACAUGGAGGACCUGUCCCGGCUCAAGAUCCCCACCGAGUUUCAGCACAUCAUCUGGAAGGGGAUCCUGGACCACCGGCAGUCGAUGGAGUUUUCCCCGCCUCCCCACAUCCUGCGCACCACGAGCGGGUCCUCCACCGUCAGCGUGGGCUCGUCGGAGGCCCGGGGAGAGCGGGUCAUCGACGCCGUGCGCUUCACUCUGCGCCAGACCAUCUCCUUCCCUCCCCGCGACGACUGGCCCGACUUCUCCUUCGACAUGGAUGCCCGCCGGAACAAGCAGCAGCGCAUUAAGGAGGAGGGCGAGUAGGAACACCUGUACUCUAGUCCCCCCUCACCCUUCCAACGCAAAACUGUGACAGGACGUUCCGCUUUCGUAGUGCUUUGGCUCUUCUUUAAUACCCUUUCUUUUAAAGAAAAAAAAGACAAAAAAAGAUGCACUUAUUUUUUUUGUUUAUAUUUUGUUACAGUGUCAUAUCCAGACCUUGAUUUAUGGUUAGCUGGGUGAAAGGUGGGUGGUGCUUGUAAGUGCAUUACUUUUUUAUCUCUUUGACAGAGCACUUAACAAUACCGUUCAUACCGGGUACAUAUAUUUUUUUUUUAUUUCUUGCUUCUAAACUAUCCAGUGUUCAGCUUGUCCCGUAGUUCAGUUAACAAAGUUUAGCAUUGAGUGAGGCUUUUUUUCUUCUUUUAUUAGGGCCAUAGCAAAAUGCGUGUUUCAUAUUUAGGUUUAAGGUUAACUUUACUGCGCGGUAUCCCAGAUACUGACUGAUUUGUUUAAACAUACAGUAGUUCGUGCUUUACAGUGGUCUGGUAAACUCUUCUCUUAUUGUAAAGCAAAAUGUUACUAAACACAGGCGUUAGCCAAACAUGAUUGUAUAAUUUUGAAGUUUUUUUAACGUUGUUCUUCCAAAAUACUGCCAAAAGUGUUAUCUUUAGAAUUAUCCUUUUUGACUAUGGCAAAGAGUGUCAUUAUACAAAGUAUUCUUUAAUAUACAGUAGGUAUUGUAUUACCCAUUUCACUUCUAUAAUGACUGUAAAUGAGAGAUUUUUUUUUUGAAGUAUUGAAUUAUGGUCACUAACAGUAUAUUGGACCAGGUGUAGAUUUAACUUUCAGGUGGGACUUUUUGUCCAGAAAAGAUUAGCAAAAGAUUACGGUUCACAUCAGAUACGUGAAGCGACAAAACACCAUAUGGGAUUCAUUUAGUGUAUCAAACGUUUAGUGUGCACCGAUGUACAAUAGUUCAUAUAAAACUGCUGGAAUGUUCGAACAUCACAAUUAAGGCAUAGUAAACUUUCUAAAUGUGGACCGAGAGACUGUCUAUCAGAUAUUUUGCUGCCUCUGAGGCACAAUAAGGUUGUCGGUGACCAGAUAGCACUAGGAUGUAUUUGUUCAAAGCUGUUAUAGGCAACUGCAUUUUUUGUGAGUGGUGCUGAAUGUGAAAAGUUGUGGUGUUUGAAUAAUUCUCUGUUUUAUAUAAGCUGCGAAAGUAGACAGUUGUCUUAAUGUAAAUAAUGCCCAAACAAUCUUAGAAUUGUAUAUACAUAUUUUGUAUAAAAAGAGUUUGUUUAAAGUGGAAAAAGGGGUUGUCCCAAAUACAGUAGUUUUUUUUUUUAGAGUGAGUCUUUACUUUUCUACUGUAUUCUGAUGGGACAAUUGAAGCCAUGUAGUGUUCUUCUUAGUCCCUAUGGGUUCUGUUUAUGUGACCUAAACAGCUAUAAAUCUCUCCAGUCCUGCAGCUUAAGACAUCUUUAUGAAACAGUCCAGCUGUAUUUUCUGAAUGACUGAUCAACAGAAAACAGUUGAGAUGUCAGACAACAUUUAUCUCAGAAUACUACCAUUAUAAGCCUUAUUAUUGCUGCUUAGAGUAUUAAGACAGAACCUUUAGGUUAUAGUAACCUAAUCCUAAACUUAUUACACACUGUGCAGUAUAGGCAAAAUCUUAUGAAAUGUAGUGUUCUCUCUACAGCGUGUACUGAAGACACUACAUGACGUUAGAUUUUGCUUCUAUUUGAAAGGUAACAGCUUCAUUCAUUGUUGAGGUCUUGUUUGUUAUUCUGUCAUUUCAAUGUAUAUUACGAAAUUCAGAGUCCUAUAUUUCAAUCAAAACAUUCCAAGAUAUUUUAACAGAAUUUAAAUAAUUAUUCUAAUCUGAAAAGUCAUUUUUUUUUGACAAACUGAAUGCUUUUACAUAAGAAGAGGUUGUAUAUAAUUACUUAACACUCCUUUAUGGGUAUGGGCUGGUUACAUCAAAGAUUUUCAUUGACAAGCUGCAGGUUUUGUUCAUACAUGUGGAGGCUAUCCUAAAAAAAUUGGCAAGUGAUGGACUUUUCUGAGGCUGGAUCAUUAUCAAAUGGUCUAUAAGGGGUUAUACAUUUCAAGUUACUGUAUGGUUACAUUAUGUUAACAUUGUUGUAAAAGUUCAUCUGAUAUUCUGAGUUAAAAAAGAAUAGUUCUGUCUUUAAAACAAUGCUCAGAACCACAAUGUUCUGUUAGAAAAUUACUAUAUCCAAAUUAUUGAAAGUAAGAGAUAAACUUUUCUAGAACGUUUUUUACACAUUGGGAAACAUUCCUCUUGUAAAGUUUUUUGUAUAUAUGUCACAAGUUAUAGAUUUAUAAACGCAUUCUUAAUUUUGAUAUAAACAAAAAAUAAAAUAUACCAACUUGACUUGUG